CACCGGAAGCCACGUGGUGCAGCUUUCCACAUGCUUAGGUAGUAACAAGCGUAAGCCCCGUUGAUUUGCGUGUCGUUUUCCUUUUAUUUCAAGCGAACUGCUCCUAUGAAACCAUGUCAGGCAAGUCGGAGCUGAAAAUCAACUCCAAGUUCGCGGAGAAAUAUGAGAAAUACCGACAAAAAGAGGAGCUACAGAGACUGAAGGACAAAUAUGGAGACCAAGCUGACGGGAGUGAGUCCGGGUCCACAGACUCCAGCUCUGAUGACAGUGAAGUCGAAAUCGAUCCUAAACUUGACCGGGACUUCUACAGAACACUGUCACUGCUAAAGAAGAAAGACCCGAAAAUAUAUGAGAAAGAUGCCAAGUUCUACUCUGAAGAAGAUGCGUCCGCCGCUGAUGCCAGGCCCUCCACCUCGAAGACAGCAGUGAAACCCAUGUACCUGAAGGACUAUGAGCGUAAAGUUAUCUUGGAGAAGGAGGGUAAAUAUGAAGAUGAUGACGAUGAUGACAGUGAAGGUGAAGAGGCUGCCAAGAGACGAGAGAGAGCUUCAUCUCCAAGUUACGUUCAAGAGCAGAAGGAGCUGAAAGAAAGCUUCCGUAAAUUUGUCCAGGACAGUGAUGAGGAGGACAGCGAAGAGGAGUCCCAGCUGCUGACGAAGAGGAGCAAAACACAGGAAGAAAAGGAUAAAGAGGAGGCAGAUUAUGUGGAGUGGCUGAAAGGCCAGGCUGAGCUAGAGGGUACAGAGGAGGCACAAGACAUGAAAUACCUGCGGGAUUACUGGAACGAUCCAGAGUUGGAUGAGAAGGAGCGUUUCUUGAGGGACUUUGUCCUUAACAAGGGCUACCUGGAUGAUGAAGAUGACGAUGAUCGGAUCCCUACGUACGACGAAGUGGUCCAGGACGACGUGGAGGACUCCGAAGAGGAAGGGGAGUGCUUCCUGGAGCGCCAGGAGGACUUUGAGAGAAGCUACAACUUCCGUUUCGAAGAGCCGGAUGCUCACCAGAUCAAGACUUAUCCCCGUAACAUCGCCACCUCUGUGCGCUCAAAAGAUGAGCGCAGAAAGCAAAAGAGGGAGGAGGUGAAAGAGAGGAAGAAAAAGGAGAAGGAACAGAAGGAACAGCAGCUGAAGCAGCUCAAGAACCUGAAGCGGAGCGAGAUCAUGGACAAGCUCAAAAGACUUCAGGAGCUGACGGGAAACAAGCAGCUCGCGUUUAAUGAGGUUGACCUGGAUGGAGAUUUUGACCCACAGAAACAUGAUCAGCUCAUGCAGAAAGUGUUUGGAGAUGAAUACUACGGAGAAGAUGAGGGAGAGAAGCCGCAGUUUGAGGAUGAUGAUGAUGAAAUGGAGGAGCACUGGAACUGGGACACGUGGACAGGAGAGGGAGGAGAGGAAGAAGAAUAUGAUGGAGAGGAGGAGUAUGAAGCCGAGGAGCCCAACUGUGAAGACGCAGACUUCAAUAUGGACGCAGACUAUGACCCCAGUCAGCCGACUGCCUCCAAGAAGAAGAAGAAAAAGGAGAGGAAGAAGAUGAAGAAGGAGGAUAUUCCACAAAUGGGAAAGAAGAGAAAGAAGUCUCACUUUGCAGAGAUUAUCACCCAAAGCAAGCCUGUGUAUGAUCCCCAGGAGAAAACCUUUGAGCAGUACCUGGAUGAAUACUACAAGCUGGACUUUGAGGACAUCAUUGACGACCUCCCCUGCAGGUUCCGCUACAGACAGGUCGUGGCCAACGACUUCGGCCUGACCACUGACGAGAUAAUAAAUGCUGAUGAGAAGGAGCUGAACCGAUGGUGCUCUCUGAAGAAGACCUGCAUGUACAGGUCUGAACAAGCAGAGAUGAGCGAUUUGAAGAACUACAAAAUCAAGGCACAGAACGUAAAGAAGAAGAGAGAAAUUCUCAGCUCCAUGUAUUCUGAGGUGGAUAAAGAAGUGGUGGAGGCCAAGAGCAAGUUGGGGAAGAAGAGAAGAGAUCGACUGAAGAAUGCCGAGAAGCAAGGCACAGCAGAGGAUGGAGAUGUGGCCUCCUCUGCUGAUGUGGACUCAGCAGAGGAGACACCGGCCCAAACUCUUAGAGAGGCAGGAGGCAGUGCAGAAGACGAGGAGGCAUUCCUGGUACCCAAGAAGAAGAAGAUGAAACUCCAAGAUGAAACUCCGACAGUUCCUGCUGCUAAGGACACAGCCGAUGAAGGAGGCAUAGAGGUGAAGAGCAGGACUGAGAGGCCCAAGUGGCCCAAGAAGAAGCACAGGCAUCCAGGUGGACGCCUCAUGUCAGGACCCCUCAGGGUGAAAAUGGGUGGCCGAGAGUUCAGCGGACAGAGACUGAAGGCCUAUGGACUGAACCCCAAGAGACUUUACUUCAAACAGCUUGGCAGGCAGAGACGGAAAGAACAGGAGAAGAAGGAAAAGCAGAAAAAUAAAGACUGACGGGCAGUGCCCACACACAUAUUUUUUACUUUGUGUGCUGACAGACUAUCCAGUAUGCAAAAAGUAUACAUUUAAAGAGCAUUUUAUAAAGUGAGUAGGCUGUGAAAAAAAGUUUCCUUUUUCCAGUUUCAUGGUGUCACAUUGGAUUUUUGAACCCAAAUAGGUUUUAUAAUAAAUUAUGAAGAAAA